GGGGGACGGGAGAGGGGGACGGAGGCCCCUCUGGGCGGCCGGGAUGCGCCGAGCGACAAAGCUGCACUUCGAGAUCAUAAUGCAGCAGAAAAAUGAAAGAACAUAGAAAAAAUUUACAGCGGAGAAGUCGGUUGCUGGCCAGUUGUGGAAAAUGGACUGUGGGAUUUUGGGGGCUGAGGCAAUACUGCUUCCAAAGGAAGCGUCUUUCUCCACUUAAAAGAGGGAGACAAAACGCUCGGACAGCUGUGAGCCUGAAACGAACUAAACCGUGCAGAAGGAAGGCUCGUCAGCUCCAGAGCAAAUGGGUUCCUGAAGCAUUCCUUAAUGCAAAACCCCAGCAAACUGUACCUGUUGGAAACUGCCCCUUCCCACAAAAGACACUCGGGCAGCCUUUGUCUAGGUGCGAAAGUGGAGGACCGUUUACAGCAGCAAAGGAGCCUUGUGGGAAAUCCUUUCAGAGUGAACUGCUCAAUGAAAGCAGCGGUUUAGGAGUUGACUCCAAGGUUUGUCGAGGCAAGCAUCACUGCACUGAGGCCAGCAUUGCUGCCUUUCCAGUAAAAAAGGAUGGUCUUUCUCAGAAUGGGGGAGAGAGCAAUAAUGGUGAAAGCAAUGGAAUUAUAGUUCUCAAUAACUCUAGCAGGAAGUGCUGCUGCCGAGGACGAAAGCAAAAUGGAACUUGUGUCCUCUUGACUACUAGGAGAAGGCCUGUAUUUAAACUGUGUAUUUCAAAAAGCAGAUCUCUAUUUAUGAUGUAUAAGAAACUUUCUAUGGUUACGUUUCGGAUUAGAAUUGUAAAAUCUUGUCCUAAGUUUUGGAGGGGCAAAACUUGUAAGUUGAGCAGCAAAAGCAAGCUGAGCUGGGUGGAUAAAGUCACCAGAGAUCGGCAAGAGGUCUUCCACAGAGGGCCCCUCGCGGGUGGUUCCAGGACCGUGUUUCCCUCUUGGAAAUUGAAAAGUAAAUCUCCCUGGAUCCUGCUCAGCUUGUCAGAUAUGAACAAUCACAUGCCAGGACCAUUAAUUGAGGAGAGUCCGACGCAUCGGCCCGAUGCCCGCCUUACACAGGAGACGCUGUUGCAGCGUAGGGAGCUCCAUUGUACGGACCUUGCACCCAGAGACCAAAAUGGCAUCGCUGAAACCUGCAUGCCGGAGUUGCACGGAGGAGCUUCAAGCGGGGCAGAGGCCGUGCAGAAGGAGGAAGCCCCCACCCUGGAUGGCUGCCCUGGUGAUAUUUUCAUCUCUGUAAUGGAGAAAGAAAUCUCAGUUUCAGGUCAAGACGGAGAAGAAUCUACUCAGGCGAUGGGAGCCGAUGAGGUGGUGCUGGAGCCCUCCAAGGUGGAGUUGGGCCCAAGUGACACCUUUGCUAACGGACCUGUCCCUGUGGAGCUGGCACAGAAUGAAGAUAGUCGUAGUCAGAUGGAAGUUGAAGUGCCCCUAAGCAUGGACGUCUUUGGCGCAGAGCUCUUGGAUCAUCUGUACUGUAAAAGCCCUCUUGAUGAGCCUCUGAGAGGAAGCACAGGACAAAAAUCAGGGACCCAAAAGAGUGGCAAAAGAAGCAGCCAGAAAGCUUCUUCCGUCAGCGAUGAGCAGCUGGCUGCAUGGCUCUGUGGAUUCCUAGAUGAAGUAAUGAAGAAAUAUGGCAGCUUAGUUCCACUUUGUGAAAAGGAUGUUAUGGGAAGAUUAAAGGAAGUCUUUAAUGAAGAUUUUUCUCAUAGAAAGCCAUUCAUCACUAAGGAAAUCAUGAAGUAUCAGACACGGCAUCCCAAAUCUUCCACUUGCAAUUUCCGGGUCUUCUAUAAUAAGCACAUGCUGGAUAUGGAUGAUCUGACGACGCUGGAUGGUCAGAACUGGCUAAACGACCAGAUUAUCAACAUGUAUGGUGAGCUAAUAAUGGAUGCAGUCCCUGACAAGGUCCAUUUCUUCAACAGCUUUUUUCAUAGACAGCUGGUAACCAAAGGAUAUAAUGGGGUAAAGCGAUGGACUAAAAAGGUGGACCUUUUCAAAAAGACCCUCUUGUUAAUUCCUAUACAUCUGGAAGUCCACUGGUCCCUAAUUACUGUGAAUCUCCCUAACCGAAUUAUUUCAUUUUAUGACUCUCAAGGCAUUCAUUUUAAGUUCUGCGUUGAGAACAUACGGAAAUACUUGUUGACAGAAGCUAGAGAGAAGAAUCAUCCAGAUUUCCUUCAGGGUUGGCAGACUGCUGUUACAAAGUGCAUUCCACAACAGAAAAAUGACAGUGACUGUGGAGUUUUUGUGCUCCAGUACUGCAAGUGCCUCGCCUUAGACCAGCCUUUUCAGUUCUCCCAGGAAGACAUGCCUAGAGUGCGAAAAAGGAUUUACAAGGAGCUCUGUGAAUGCCGGCUAAUAGACUAAUAAAAAAAGGAAAAGGAAAAAAAAAAAGCUACUGCUUUUGGCAUUUUUGAAGAGCCCCAGCUGGUAUUUGUGUACUUGAAUUUUCUGAAAAACUUCCGUGAAUUUCAAGCAAGUCUUGGUGGAGCGGUGUGGCCAACGUAAUUACCUCAAACUUUUUUCUGACAUGCUCCUUAUCCGGCGGACCUGCCACAAAAUAUUCCUGAUGUCAGUUGUUUUUCCCCCCUUUCAUUCUAAUGUUCUUUCCUGUAUUUAAUAUUUAUUAUCUAACGCAUGUGCAUAGGCCAAGCAUGCGACUAAAAGAGAGAAGUAUAAAGCUGUAGAAUUGGUGCACCUUUGAAACGUAGCUAGAAAUGACAAGAAUAAUACAGGUUAAACUCUUUUUGUCUGAAAACAUAAAACGUGCAUGAUCCAUUUUUCUGAUGCAAUAAUGCUUUGAAUGUACAAAGAAACUCAAUGCCAUAACGAGAGCAACUAGAAGCCCCCUUUUUCUAAAAAUUGGACUAUUCCGACUCCCUGCUCUUUUGUUCACAAUUCCCAUUAAAUUUGGAAGAAGGAUGUGUCGGAAACUGCCCUAUAUGCUUAGUUUGCAGAUAGCCAUUCAAGUUGGUCAUUGCAAUUAAAAAAAGAAGAAAAGUCUUCUAUUAGACAGCUACUAGAUCACCCUCUUCCUACAAUUCAAAAGCAAUUCCUUGUACAAGAGACUUUAGUGCUAAUAAAAUAUGGAGAUGCUCA